CUCCUUCCCUCGUCCUGGGUCCCGGGGUCCUGGGUACGUUUGGCUAGCCUGCUCUGGGUAAGGACAAGAAGCCCCAAGCUCUUCUCUUCGUAUUGCAGCGGAAAGGGGUUUUAUACUAGAAGCGAGUUCUGCAUUGGAACCCAAACCCCAAAUCCGCAUGCUUUGGCCGACUGAUUUCCUUCUUUACUCUGUCUUUGGGCUGUUUUCAUUUGCUUUGCAUUGAUUGUGAGUUCACUGGAGUCUGCCUUUCUGCAAGGGAUGGGGUGUUUGUUGUUGUUUUAAAGCCUAGUUUACUUCUCUCUCUCUCUCUCUCCCCUUGUUUUUCCUGCAUGUUCAACAUGUCCCUCCCCUUCACCCCUUUCCCCAGCCCCCACCCUCUCAAAAAAAAAAAAAAAAAAAAAAACCUGAGAUUGUACUUUUGUACAGGAGGUUCAAAUUACAAAUGGCAAUUUUAUGCACUUCGCCGUAUUAACGCUGCCGCCCGGGCAGCGCUCAUGUGACCCUCCGUGGAUUAACAUUCUGCUAAAAAAAAAAAAAAAAAAAAAAAAAAAAAAAAAAAAAAAAAAAAAAAAAACCUCUGCUUGCUUUUUUCCUUUCACUUUUGAAACGAAGAGAGCGCGAUAGGAAGUAGGAAAGGGUGGGCGAGGGGCCCUGGGCGGCUGCUUUCGCUCUGCGCGAGUUGGGUCUUUGUGAUAUAAAAUUCGCCGAGCGCCGCGAGCGGUGCUUUGCCAAUGGCGCGCUCGGCGCGGGGCGCGGGCUCCGGGUUGGGGCGAGCCAACGCCGGGGUUUCUUUGUGUUUCUGCGAGAGCGACUCUCCAGGUCCGGAGUCAGAUAACAGCCUGAGCCCGAGCCUCGCCGGCUUUCCCCGGCCCUUACAGGCCCUGCCCAGGCUCCGCUAGUGCCGGCCGCCUGCUCCCUGCCUCUCCCGGCUUCCUCUCUCCUUAAGCCGGCCUCUCUCUCUCCGCCCUCUACCUCAGUCUCUUUCUCCGAGCACACUGAUUAGACAGACGCCAGAUCUGCGCUCUCUGCUUGUCUCUCACUGGGGGUUCCCCGCCGGGCUGGGGCUGGGGCUUCGGGGUUUGUGGGAGAGUCGUUCCGGAGUGGCCACAGGCCGUCUGGGGUGAACCCUCGUGCCUUUUGCAAAAGCGUCUCACCCUCCCCCCAGACUCGCCCCUCCCGCUCCCUCUCCUCCAAUCAAUAAGAAAUAUCAGCUGUUUAGCAGUAAAGAAGAAAGAUGCCCUCAGAAUGCUACAUCCCGCCCACAGCGCCGGGGACCCCGAGGCAAAGUGGCCAAUUCUGGGUCCUCGGUGGACCAGCCCUGAGCGGGCCUCAGAGCGGUGCAGAGGGGCAGGAUGCCGCCGACCCAGCCGACCCACGGGCAGUUCGCGCUGACCAACGGGGACCCCCUCAACUGCCACUCGUACCUGUCCGGAUAUAUUUCCCUGCUGUUGCGCGCUGAGCCCUAUCCCACGUCGCGCUUCGGCAGCCAAUGCAUGCAGCCCAACAACAUCAUGGGUAUCGAGAACAUUUGCGAACUGGCCGCCAGGAUGCUCUUCAGCGCCGUCGAGUGGGCCCGGAACAUCCCCUUCUUCCCCGACCUGCAGAUCACGGACCAGGUGGCCCUGCUUCGCCUCACCUGGAGCGAGCUGUUUGUGUUGAAUGCGGCGCAGUGCUCCAUGCCCCUCCAUGUCGCCCCGCUCCUGGCCGCCGCCGGCCUGCAUGCUUCGCCCAUGUCCGCCGACCGGGUGGUCGCCUUUAUGGACCACAUACGGAUCUUCCAAGAGCAAGUGGAGAAGCUCAAGGCGCUGCACGUUGACUCAGCCGAGUACAGCUGCCUCAAGGCCAUAGUCCUGUUCACCUCAGAUGCCUGUGGUCUCUCUGAUGUAGCCCAUGUGGAAAGCUUGCAGGAAAAGUCUCAGUGUGCUUUGGAAGAAUACGUUAGGAGCCAGUACCCCAACCAGCCGACGCGAUUCGGAAAGCUUUUGCUUCGCCUCCCUUCCCUCCGCACCGUCUCCUCCUCAGUCAUAGAGCAAUUGUUUUUCGUCCGUUUGGUAGGUAAAACCCCCAUCGAAACCCUCAUCCGGGAUAUGUUACUGUCCGGCAGCAGUUUUAACUGGCCAUAUAUGGCAAUUCAAUAAAUAAAUAAAAUAAGAAGGGGGAGUGAAACAGAGAAAGAAAAGGCAAAAGACUGGUUUAUUUGCUUAAUUUCCUUCUGUUAAGAAAGGAUAUAAAAGGAUGUUACAAGUUUGCUAAAAGAAGAGAGGGGAAGAAUUUAAUGGACUGUGAAUUUCAAAAAAAAAAAAAAAGACUGUCAAAUGAACUUUUACAGAAUGCAUUAAAAAAAAAAAAAAACUCCUGUGUCGGUCAGAACAACUUGCUACUUAUCAUUUUUGUAUAAAAAGGAAAUUAGUCUUUUUCUUUUUUUGCUAAAUUUUUGAAAAACAUUGCUAAAAGUGCAUUUAAGGAGAUUGGGAGAAAAUUAGCAGAAUGGAGAAAGUAAGUCUUUUUUUUUUUUCCAAAUUAUUAAUUGUCCUGUGUCUAUGUACCUCUAGCUGUUCUUUUUUGUACUUUUCUGGUUCCAAACCAGUUUAUUCUGUGGUUCUAUAAUAAGUUUUGAUAUAAUCUUGGCUUCUUAAAAACUGUGUAUCAUUAAAAUAUAUGUUCUGCAAGAAUUAAAACUGAGUCCAUGAAAAUAUCAUAGGAAGACAUAAAACUUUAAAAGGCAACUCAAAGAUGAUGGAAACGCACUUACAAGUGGUGACCAAAAAUUUUAGGUGAAGUUGAGCACUCUAAUUAGAGAACUGGAGGAACCACAUAUAACACUUAACUUCCCCUACCCUGCCCCUCCCCAAAAGACACCAUGACAAACCUAGCUUUUAAAAAAUAUUUUAAGAAAGAGAAUGAACUGUGGAAUUUAUUGGCAGCCAAGGAAUGUGUCCAAGACACAUGCUGAGGUUUUGAAUAAAAAGUGAACUUUUGUAAUUUGAAUUGGGUCCCGCUUAGUUCUUGAAUUGUUAUGAAAAUCCUAUAUCUGUUUGUAUAUUUGCAAACCCUUUGUAUUAUAAUUGUUGAUAUUUUCCCUUUUUAAAAAAUACCAUUGAAAUCAGCAUGACAAAAAUAACACUGUUGGCACUUAUAGGUAACGUGAUUGAUUCAGUAUCUUAGAGUUUACAGUUUGUGUUUUAAAAAAACUGAAGGUUUUUUUUUUAAGUGCAACAUUUCUGUAUACUGUAAAAGUUAUAAUAACUGAACUGUUUGGUCGAGUCUUUGUGUGUUAUAUUCCAAGGAAAAUUGAAAGUAUUCAGAAAUUAAAAUAUUAUUUGAUAUCUGAAACCUGGCUGUCCCCACUCACUGUCUUUACAUCUAGAAGAGCCCCUGUGAGCUCUCGCUUAGCUGGCCGGGUGGGGGGCAGUGGGGGGAGGGCAUUUGUUUACUCCCCUCAGUCAGUUUGUUCAAAGGUGGACUAGUGUAUUUGCCUGUUUAAUUUGGGUGUGUGUGUGGGUGGGGGGGAGCUGAAGUUAAUGGUUUAUCUAUGGUUUAGGAAGUGCCAUACUGAUAUAGUAAACCACCCCCAUUCACCUAAUCCUCCUUUUAAUUAAAAAUGGAUUUUCCAGGAAAAAAAAAAGGCCCUUAUAUUUGUCACACUUAAGUGCCUGCUUAGGGAAGGUAUUGUGAAAAAGUAUUAGAAAUCUUGAGAUCAGUAUCUAUUUUAUGAUCAGAAAAAAAAUACUCUUUUGUACAUUUCUGACAGUUACUCAGAAGAUCGUUCAAGCAAGCUAAUCACAGCAUUGUAAUUAGAGGACAGUUGUUUGCAAUGAGUUUUUCCUUAAGUAGGUGCGAUUUUUAAAAAUAUUCUGUGGUUCUACUCUAGCGUGGUUGUUGAUAGAGUUUCAAAUUCAGUGAUACAUGUUAUAAGACUGAAGGGUCUAUUUUUAAUGUAUAUAUGAUAACUUGCAGUUGGGUUCCCUCUCCCCUCCUCACUUUACCUUCAGUCUGUGAGAGCAUGACCACAGGGUCAAGGGAAUCUUUUCCAUUGGAGUUAUGUACAUAAAAACACAUCGACAUUUUGACAUUUCAGAUUGUGUAGCUACAAUCUGUACUGCUCUUGGGAUCCUUUGUCCUUAGAAGCCAAGUUAAGGAAGAGAAAGCAGGACAGAAAAAGGAAGAAGGAAGGAAGGAAACUUUACAGGGUGUGCUGAUUUAAAAGUAGUAACUAUUUCUUUUGGAGUUUUUUUCAUUUUUCCUCUUUCUCUUUUCCUGGUUUGGAGGAAGCUCAGUGCUGGGAGCUUGCAAUUUUGUUCUUAUUCAAGGUUUCCAACCCACCCCCCACCGCCAGUACUUCAUCAUGUUGUGGUUUAAUUUUAAGGGGGGGAGGGAACUAGUGAGAGAGGUGAAAAGGGAUCAUUUUGUAAAGUGUAUUAAACGUUAAUAUUCAGAUCGUCAAUACAUGCAGACCAGUAAAAUCUGAUUUGUGCAGAGUUUUCCAUCUGACUCUCACUGAUUUCUGUAGAUAUAUACAUAUAUAAAUACAAGUAUGUUCUUACGGCACAGUAUUGCUGACCUUUAGUUCGAGGUUUUGUCGGUUGUUGUUUAUUUUCUUCCUCUUGCAAGUGCUAUCCAUGUGAGUGUGUGAAGUUUCUCUAAUAAGUAAAACACAGGCCCUUUUCCUUGUUUGUUUUGUGUUAGCUUAUUGUAAACAGCCAUUUGUUGUAAAUUAUUAUUGGCAUUAAAUUAUAAUUUAUGAUUUUCAAA